AUGUCAAUAAAACCAACAUACUUAGAAAAAAGUUUAGAGGAAUCAAUCAAUCAUCAUAUAAAAAUACUAAAUAUUUGCACAGAAUUGGAACAAAUUAUUCAUUUAAUGGUGCUAAUUGUAUUUUUAGGCAGUGUUAUUUUACUUUGUUUUUUACUCUUUCAAACGUCCAUGACACCAAUUGCAAGUAUAAAAUUUUUACAAAGUGCAUCUUACUGUUUUACAAUUACCGUUCAAAUAUUCUUAUAUUGUUGGUGGGGCAAUGAAGUUAGCGUACAAAGUGAAAAAGUAGCAGAAUCAAUCAGCGAAAUUAACUAUGUUGGAACAACAACAAAAUUUCAAAAAUCAUUAAUAUUUAUCAUGAAACGUGCCCAAAAGCCAAUUGUUUUUACCGCUGGCAAAUUCUCUGCAUUAUCUGUGGAAACUUAUAGUGCGAUAAUUCGUGGAUCAUUUUCUUACUAUACAAUCUUACAUCGAAUGAACGACCCUGAAAAUUUAUAA